AUGCGUCGUUGGGGUCAAUUGGAACGGCAGGCAAGAGAAGUAAUGGAAGUACCUUUGGGGUUGGGUUCAGCGUCAUGCUCUCCACUGCCCGUGUCCUUCGGCCGACCUUACAGACGUUUAAGAUUCGAGGCGCAACGACAGCUGCACCUUAGAGGACCGUCACCCACUCGCCCCAUCUAG